CUUUAAUUCAUUUGACUUCACUGCAUUUAAUUCCAUUCUUUUAAUUACAAUUGAGUAAAAUAAAAUAAUUUGCUGAAAUUAAGUAACCUGUGAGUUAACUGGCUUAAAAUGAUAUAACGUCUUUCUGUUUUCCUCAUGAAAAGCAUAUUUUAUUGGCCAUUCCCAUAAAAAAGCAGAGGUUCAACAGGACUAGUUUAGGUAGAGAACUCAAACCUGGCAACCCGAGGGUUCCGUGCUGACAGUCGCUCUUUGAUUUUCAGCUGACACAGACAUUUUGUGGGUCAACUCCAGCGUCAGACUUGUUCACCGUGUGAUUCCAUCCAGCAGAUGGCAGAACAGGUCCGCUUUAUCUCCACUGUGACCUUGCCCUGCUGCUAGAGGGUCAGUUAACAUUUCUCACCAACUUCCCCCCUCUGAGCUAAAGCACGCACCAAGUGGGGUGCAGCGGUUUUGUGUGUCACUUACUGGCAGGACUAAAUACUGGGUAAACUUCCUAGAGCUGAACUUCAGAAGAAAAGGGAUCUCUUAAUUUGUGAAAAGAAGCUGCUCCGUGGAGGAGGCCGCCCGUGUUAAGGUCAAAGACUAAAGGAGCGACGUAACACCACAACCUGGAUAGAUCCGACCUGUGCUCACACGUCUCACGCCCUGCACACGUUCACCGCGGACGUAUGAAAACAUUAAGGCUUUUUGCAGUGAGCAGAAUUGUGUCCGAUGGGUGGAGGAGCCACCAGGCUGUACAGCACCCUGACUCAGACGUUCAGCGGCAGCAGCUCACCCCUGUCCAUUCCUCCGUCCUACCUGAGCCCCCACCAGCCCGCUCUCACAAACCUGGAUUCAGAUUUCUGUCUGCAGAAGGACUCUCCCAUAUGCCCCCUUGAUUCAGUGGAGCUGCUCCAGCAGUGUGAAGAGGCCCUCAGGGACCAACCUCCUCGCCUGCACAGGAACUUUGUUUACAUCAAUGAUGGAGAUGGUGUUGCCAGCAGCCCCAUCAGGGUGAUGCAGUGGAACAUCCUAGCCCAAGCUCUGGGUGUAGGGGCAGACAAUUUCGUCCGGUGUCCCUUGGAGGCCCUGAGCUGGUCCCGAAGGAAGAACCUCAUCCUGGAGGAGAUUCUGGCCUACCGACCCCACAUCCUAUGUCUGCAGGAAGUAGACCACUACUAUGACACCUUCCAGCCGGUUUUGGCCAACCUGGGCUACAGCAGCCAUUUCUGUCCAAAACCCUGGUCUCCAUGCUUAGAUGUAGAGGGCAACAGCGGUCCCGAUGGCUGUGCCCUCUUCUUUGAUGAGGCUCGAUUUGAGCUCCUGGACAGUGCGAGCAUCAGACUGUCAGCCAUGAUGAUCCCCACUAAUCAAGUUGCCGUGGUGACGACUCUGCGUUGUCGAAGCACUGGCAAGUAUGUGUGCGUUGCUGCGACCCACCUAAAAGCCCGUUCUGGCUGGGAGUGGCUUCGCAGCGGUCAGGGGUCAGAUCUCCUCUGGCACCUUCAGAAUCUGGUCCAGGAGCUCGUUGGCUGCAACUCUAAUGUCCAAGUACCUCUGCUGAUUUGUGGCGAUUUCAACGCAGUCCCAUCGGAAGAGGUGUACCGACGUUUCGCCACUUCACCUCUAGGUUUGGACUCUGCCUAUAAGAAGCUCAGUCAGGAUGGUGCGAGCGAGCCAGAAUACACGACAUGGAAGAUCCGAGGCACAGGGGAGUGCUGCUCCACUCUGGACUACAUCUGGUACACUAAAGGCACGCUGAGAGUGGACGCCGUUUUGGACAUGCCGGACGAGGAGCAAAUCGGACCCAACAGGCUUCCAUCCUACAGUUACCCGUCUGACCACCUCUCUCUGGUUUGUGACUUCAGCUUUAGGGAGAAGGAAUGAGAGGGCCGGCAGAUGGGAAAGGUUGAUGCCCUGGAGUUGAGGUGUACUCCCCUGCUUCACAGAAGGCCAGGAUGCUACAUGUGAGCGAAAGGGUAAAGAUGUGAAGACAGGAUGGCUUGAAACCAGAGAGUGAAGUGACUGAAAUGUUUAAAAGUGCUGAGGUUGAAGAGAUGUACGUCUUCAGACACGUCUUCCUCCUAAGUCUACACCAGUCAGUUUUCUACACCAGCUUACCGGCUUCUACCUUCAUCUGCAGUCAAGCAGCUCAUACAUGAACUGUAAUUUUUUCACUAAAUGCUGAUAAUACUGUUUCAUACAACCAUCGCAUAAUAAUGAAAGAAAAUAGUGUUUUUGCAAGA